GUUAGAAUCAUGACUAAGACGUAUGCCUAUAACCAGACCUAAUUCUGGCGAUGAACAUAUUGUUAUGGUUCUUCGUUGCAAUAUUUAUAUCGAAACAGUUCUUGGUAUUGUUUUUGAACAUGAUUUCCGUUCGUGCAAGAUAUGGAAUAUUUCAUGGGAAAUUUACUCGACGCAUAACCACAAAAACACGAUAUACAUGGUGUAUAAGCACUUUGGCAUUUCUAACUCUUAGCAAAUGUGCUCGUGUUUCUUAUUUUUAGUAUAGUCAUCGAUAAAGGAAAGUGGUAUAAAAAGCUAACUCAAUUUUUUGGAACUACAUAAGUAUGUGGCUUCGUGGCAACAGCAACACAUUAAAGAAAUUAAAUUGCUGCUUUGAUCGGCGCGCAAAAGCCUAAUACAGAGAUCCUAUUUGUAGUUAUAAGAAGUAAAAGGAAGUGUUACAUAAUAAAUAAACAACGGUGUAAAUACUGUAAAACUUUCGAACUAAAAAUGAACGCGUUAAAUUGUGCGCUCUUCAUAAUACUCAACACGCUGUCACAGUCUUAUUUAACGCCAACAACAAGCGCUUCACCACAAAUUGUAACAACAAUAACGCCAACUGUGAGCGCACAGCAACUGGACACUUCCGCUUGCAACGACGCGCGCUGUAAAUGCACCGAUAAUAAGGUUCAUUGUGUCAUGAAUGGCGUUACUAUAACAAUUCGGAAACAUUUUUUACGUACCAAUACCACACAGCUCUUUAUAAGUUGUGCGGCAAAUACAACUGUUCAGGAAAUAGAAGAAGCGCAGGUCGCUUACCGCUUUUGGCAUAAUGAGGUUGAAUUUGAAUUAGAGAAUUGUGCGAUAUUGCCGGAAAUAUUGAGGCGCGCAAAUAUUAACUACGCAGGUACUAUCAAAUUCGACGGCGCUUUAACUGUGCCUGCGAGCUUAUUACAGAAGGCGAUUGGCUUGCAACGGUUGCAGGUUCGUUUGAUAGUUAAAAGCAACGCAUUGGCCUUAUUGCCCUCACAAUUUUUUAACAACCAAAGCGCAUUGAAAGAACUUCAGUUAGAAAUAUAUUGCGAUCCUAAUGAGAUAACACUACCAUCGCAAAUAUUCCAUACGCUCUACGGGCUGGAGGUGAUUUCAGUGAACGCUAAUCAAUGGAAGGGCAUAUAUAACAAAACGGUGUUACGUAAUUUGACAGCGGAACACUUUCGUGAUACAUCGAAUUUGCGUAAAUUAGAUUUGGGAUGUAAUUACAUGCAAACAUUACCAAGUGAACUCUUUGUCACGCUCACCGAGUUAAAUGAAUUGACUUUAUCAAAGAAUGAUUUGUCGGCGCUGCCAAGUGGUUUACUGCGCGCACAGGUAAAACUGAUAAUUCUUGAUCUUUCCUUCAAUCAGUUGCAGGCGCUACCACCAGGCAUCUUUAAUUCGACCCCGUUUCUGUGGCAUCUUGAUUUGAGCAGCAACCAAUUUAGUGUGCCUACAAAUAUUAUUGCUGCUGUUCGGCCACUGCGCUAUCUCUAUCGACUCGAUUUGAGUUACAAUAACUUUACGCACAUUGCGGGUGCUGGUGAGUUUGAAAAUUAUACAUUACUCUCGCGUCAGCACAUUAGUAAAAUUAGUGCAACGCCGCCUUAUUUUCAACAGUAUUUGGAGCAGCUGUCGGAUAUAGUGUAUUUUCCUUUGCCAUACAAUAUGACUUUCAUCAAUUUAAGUUAUAACAAAAUCAAAACAAUGAAUUUAAGUGAGAAAAGUGAUGGACUGAAGUGUCCCUAUGAGCUCAAUUGCGAUAAAAAUGUAAUUAGGUUUAUAUACGCCUUAAGGUACUUACCAAAAAAUCAUGAUUGGUGUAGGCGUGAAAUAAAUAUAUACGGCAAUCCACUGCAGGCCAAGAACAAUAUUUGCGACUGGAUGCCAAGGAAUUGUCCCACCGCUUGCAAUUGCCAAUAUGACUCAGAAACCCUGCUCAUUAACUGCACAAACGCUCUUGUAGAGAGUCUUACGGAGUUACCGCGCCCAGAGCAGGUUUCUUUGACACAGAGUACACUUGAUAUUUCGCACAAUCUCUUUUUCGAAUUACCCCCGAAUGUGACCUUCGGUUAUGCCAAUGUAACGCGCUUGUAUGCGGCACACAAUCGACUAGAGAAUUUACAAAGCGCUCACUUGCCGCCGCAAUUGGAAGUGCUUGAUGUGCGCAACAAUAGUUUAGCGCGCUUGAGCGACAGUUUUAUACAAUACUUUCUCAAUGAGAGUGCCACUUUACAGCAGCUUUAUCUCUCUGAGAAUCCAUGGCUUUGCGACUGUGGCGCUAAGCAGUUGCUGAACGCCGUGCGCACGCAUCGUAACCGCAUACCCGAUGUAGAGCUCUUGGCUUGUGCUAAUCUAGAGAAUACGAGCUUGCUGCAAGCGCGCCACGAAGAUGUAUGUGUGCCUGAAUCAGUGCACUCGGCAUGGUUACUUUUCGGCAUUUCUCUGGUAAUUAUUGUGUUUAUUAGCCUAAUUGCGCUUUACUAUAAAUAUAAAUUGAAGCUUCGGAGGUUUAUGUAAUCGGCAAUGUGGAGCGGAAUACGUUGCGUGAACGAGAUGAAUAAUAUUUACAGGACUGUUAGGAAUAAUAAACUCGUUAUAAAUGAUGUAAAAACAUAUUAAAUUUAUAGCCAAUAUUUUCAAUAAAAGUUUGUUCAUUUUUAA